AUCCUUCUAUUAUCAUUCCCCCCACAUUCUCUCUCUGCAAAUCGCCUUCUCUUCCAUGGCCUUCUCCAAGCUCCAACUCCUCUAGCCAUGGCGACAGUACGGUCCUUCUUCAACAGCUUCCUCUCCUUAUUUCUCCUUCUCUUUCAUUUGGGGUGCUUUCUCUUCCCGACCAAAACUCCCCCAACAAAGAAAAGAAAGCUUUCAAAGACCUCUCCUUCUCCUCCUCCUCCUCCUUCUCCUUCUUCUUCUCCUCUUCAUCAUCAUGCCAAAACCCACAAAGCUCUUUCAUUUCUCAACCCAUGGCCGUAUCUAAAACCCAUUUUCUCCACCAAGAACCUCAACAAACUGAAAAAGCUUGAUGACCCAUUACCUCCUCUCUCCACCGUCCAAUCUGCCCAGCCCUCUACCCCACCUCCCACCACCUCCCUCUCGACUCCGACCCGCAAAAGGUCAUCUGGGUCUUUCUCAGAAUCUGACUUCUCCUCUGAUAUGCAUCCGAAACGCUCCUCCUUCGUCUUCCGAAGCGAUAUCUUCCCGUGCCCGACAUGUGGAGAAAUCUUCCAGAGAACCCAAAACCUCGAACACCACCAGUCCGCCAAACACGCCGUCACGGAGCUUCUCGACGGCGAUACGGCGAAGAACAUCGUCCAGAUCAUCUUCCAAACGGGCUGGAAGAAUUCGAAAGAGAACCGCCUCGCGAAAAUACACCAGAUCCUCAAAAUACACAACAGCCCGAAGAUCCUCACCCGGUUCGAAGAAUACCGAGAGUCGAUCAAGAUCAAGUCGUCGAGGAACGUCGGCAGCGGAGGGAUUUGUAACGAGCGGUGCAUCGCCGACGGGAACGAGCUGCUCCGUUUCCAGUGCUCAACGUUCCUCUGCUCACUAGGGAAGAAAGGGAAUUCUGCCAUCUGCAGCGGAGAAUUCUGCAGCGUCUGUGGGAUCAUAAGGAGCGGUUUCUCACCGAAGCUCGACGGGAUUCUGACUAUGGCGAGCAGCCGUGGGGCCCACCAGGCAAUCCCAGAGGAGAUGGAGGAGGAGUUCGCUUUCAUGAACGUGAAGCGCGCGAUGCUGGUCUGUAGGGUGGUGGCGGGAAUGGUGGCACGUGAGGGGGCGCUGGACGCUGUUGUAGGUGCUGACAAGGAAGAUGGUGGGUUUGACUCGGUCGUCGCCCGUCACCGUGGGUCAGAUGAUGAGGAGGAGCUGCUGGUUUUCAAUCCAAGGGCUGUGCUUCCAUGCUUUGUAAUUAUCUACACUGUCUGAUGGUUUGUUUUGCUGAGGUCGUUUCACUCGCACACACUACACCGUUGUUCAUUGCUUUCUUUUGGGUCCUUGUUCUUUGUGGAGUUACAGUUGUUUUCCUAUUCCGCACGCGUGCACAUGUGUCGUAGUGUGUGAGAUCUGAGCUUUCAAUCAAGUUGGCUACUCCGUUUAGAUCUUCUGGGAAAAAAAUUCAGGCUAUUUCGAGCCUCAGGUGGGCAGUAGUAUGUCAAUACAAAUGAAUUGCUAGAAAACAAUUGAACUGUCAAUAUACUCUGUACGUUGUGGUCCAACUGUCGAGCGGAAUUGUCUGAUUUUUCUCUUUCUGAAGAGCCAAUAUUAUUUCCAACCUUAUGGAAAGUUCGGAUGUGACAUACGUGUUUCAUAUUUGCACGUGUGCCUGCGUAUGGAUGCGUACGGCUGUGCAAACCUCGGUUUUCAUUAGGAAGUGAAGUGCGAGAGGUGUGCAUGCGUGUUUACUCGCCAUUCAUUAGGAACGUGUGUGCGAGAUCCGACCGUGCAUCAUGUGGGGUCCACCGUUUAUGUGUCAUGCCUCAGAAAUUAGGUCGGCCUUGACAUCAGGUGGGUCAUAAGUUUAUGGUGCAAUAGCAGCAGACGGUCCACAUCAAUGCGUACUGUGGUCCAUCUGAUGAAUGAACUAUUCUGAUUCCUGGGCCAUGGAAGAUAUAAGGUGGGUCCCACUUGAUGAAUGGUCCGGAUCUUGCACGUACUUGUAAAUGUGGCGAUACUAGACAGAGAAGUAACCUUACCGGUUGUCAUUAGGAAAGUCCACCUGCUUCUAAAGGAAUAGGGUGCUUUGGAAUAAGUGGGGUAAAUAUCUGAAUGGGAUUGUGAAUUUUGGAAUUUGAUGGUGGCGUGUAUUUUAAGAACAAAUAGUCAGUUAAACAUCAUGGAUGUAUAUUUUGGGAAUAUUAGGAGUAAAUUAGAGAUGGUUUUUUAAGAAGUUAUGGGAAAAAUGGCAAAGUAUGGGAUCAUGGAGGGAA